UUCCAUUUCAACUUAAUAAAAAAGCUACCAACUUCCAGCUUUGUGUUCAAGAUUAUUUUGACCCAUUUGUCCUAUUUACUGUGGCAAUGCAGCCUGACCCUCUUGUUAGUGACGAAUCCGCUCAAUUUAAUGUAUCCGGAACAUUAACAAAAAAAAAUAUCACCGCAGGCCAAACUAUUCUUGAAAUUGUUUUCGCCCCUUACAUUCAAAUAUUCGACAAGUCAUAUGAUGCUGGAAUCCCAUUUGCGAUAUUUGCAUUAAAUGUUUCUGUUCCUACUUUACCUGAUUCAUAUUAUAAUCUAGUUUUUGUUGGAGAUCCAACAAGUGAUCCAAAAUAUCCAUUAGAUAUUUAUGGUUGUGCGCGUGCUGCCAUGAUAGGAUCUUUUUGUGUCAUAUUACUACUGUUAUCAGUUCGUGAUUCGUGGAGAUACUAUAUCUGA